GUGCAACCUGCCCUUUGCUUACAUUGAAACAGCCCAUCCAAGGAAGUGAAAAGACGUAAUUGUCCGUGAACUCUCGAGUCGAAAACAUUUCUGCCUGAAAAGCCAAAACACACAAGUUUACUGCAAGAAUCGUUAUCAAAGCAACCUCAUCCAAGAGUACAUCGAAGAGUGGUUUGGUUUUGAAAUUUGAGUACAGUUCAAUCGUCGAUCCGUGGUAAUUUUUUCCCACUAUGGCCACGUCAUUUGCAAACUUUUCGUUCGAGCGACUAUCGCAACAAAUGGGUGCAAAAUUGGAUCCAAGUCUGCGCCAGCAUCUGUCCAAGGUGUACGGAUGUUUGGCUGCAACAUGCACCACAGCCACCGUCGGUUCGCUGAUCCAUCUGUCGGGCAUCUGGGAGGCGGGUUUGCUGAGCGCCAUCGCUUCCCUGGCGCUCAUCCUUGGAAUGGUUUUCACACCAGACAAUGGCAAAAAUUUGGCACUGCGCUUUAGCAUGCUAAUGGGAAUUGGACUCUUCACCGGACAUUCGUUGGGAUUGCUGCUGGAGCAGGUUAUUUACAUGAACCCGGCCAUCGUCGUUACGGCGCUUGUUGGUACAACGACAAUCUUUGCCUGCCUGACGGCGUCCGCAUUCUUCGCCAAGCGCGGCAAGUACCUGUACCUCGGUGGCAUUCUAAUGAGCGCUCUCAGCACGAUGGCUCUGAUCAAUCUGGGAAAUCUAUUCUUCCGCUCCUACAUCGUGCAAGACAUUUCCCUCUACCUCGGACUGAUUGUGAUGGCCGGCUUUGUUCUGUUCGACACACACAUGAUCAUGGAGAAGCAUCGCAUGGGAAGCAAAGAUUUCAUCGGCCAUUCCCUGGACCUGUUCUAUGAUGUGAUUAGCAUUUUCCGCCGUCUGCUGGUUAUUCUUGCACAGCGAGAGGACAACAACGAGCGCAGAAAGCGAAAGAACUAAAAACUCAUCCAUUGUCGAUGGAGGCGCCACGAUAAAGCAUGGCCAAUAGCCUACUUUCUCGCCUAAGUUAUAGGGGCCAGUUGUUUUGGUAUAUCUUGCACUGCCACUGUCAACCGAAUACGUGAUGAGCAGCGGCAGAUAUCGUUAUUUUGCAAUUAUUUGGCUUUAAAUUAAAAUGGUGGCAUUAUUCAAGCGUUCACAAUAUAAUUUAGCAAAAUUGGAUGCAAUAGGUCAUAUUUACUUUCGAUUUGGCAAUAUUGUGAAAUACUGGUAUACUUUCGAGAUCGACAUAAGCUUUACAUAUGUUUUCAUAUUUUCCCCUUUGUUUCGUUCUCGUGGUUAUCACGUGAAUCAUUUAAAAUGGUGUUAAAACAGAAAGAUAAGAUCUCACGAAACGAUGAAGCUAUCUUGCGUGCACGUUUUAAUAUAUGUGUACACCCAUAAAAUUCGCAAACAUAUGUAUUCGUUAGUUGUGGCAAGGAAUUAUUGUUGGCUAAAACAGUUAGUGCACUUUUCAGCUCACUUACGUUUUUGGGCAAAGUUCAUCUCCAUCAGGUUGAAUUGAGUGCGUGAAACCGUGAAUGGAAUAUCUUUCAAUCGCAGUGUUUUGGAGAUGCAGUCGAGAUUCAGCAUUGUUUCCCCUCCUUUUCGAAGGCGUCAGGGAUCCAAACAAUUAUAGGGAAACGUGCUCAAGCGGUGUGGAGUAUUUGUAACAUUUCAAGGGCAAACUUAACUGGUGGAUGAGUUUCGUAUAGUCCGUCAGUGUUGGAUCAUAAUAGAUGUAAGUUCAUGUUGUUCGAUGGAAUCCGCUUAUGGAUUAAUAAAAUAUUUUACUAAUUUCAA